CGUUUAGGAUUUAUUCUGAUUCAAGGGAUAUUUUAAUCUAGAGUAAAGAACGGGGAGGGGUAUUCGAAGUUGAAUUUGCAUGCUGAAGGGGAGCACGCUGCACUAACAAACUUGCUUACGUCCAGGUCUGCAAUAUGGGCUUUAUUAAAAACAGUGAUGCCCGUGUUCGGAGGUGGAAUUCUUGUUGAUUUCUUGGCAUAGAGUUUUUACUUCCACCUCAUGGAUUCUGAUAACCGUUACAACAACAACAGCAACAACAAUAGUAGGAACAACGAAGCAGCCACAAUAAAAAUCAAUUCCCAUGCCGAGGUUUCAGCUCCACAGAUGGGAUCAACACAGCCCAAAUCAGUGUUUGAGUUCGAGGAUCAGAGCCUAGUUGGGGGUGAGAAACAUUCAUUGGAUGAGGCUCCCCUCAGGGAUCUUUGUUCUGGUGGUGCAAAUGACUGUUGUCCCCAUGUCAUGAAUAGUGUGGUCGAUAGCAUCAGGAUUGUAGUUUUCUCUGCCAAAAUUAAUUUGCUCAUGCCUUUUGGCCCUUUAGCAAUCGUGGUUGAUAAAUUAACCGGCCAUCAUGGUUGGGUCUUUCUUUUAAGCUUGUUGGGAAUCAUACCUUUGGCUGAGCGAUUAGGAUAUGCAACGGAGCAACUGGCUUGCUAUACUGGACCAACAGUUGGAGGCCUUUUAAAUGCCACCUUUGGAAACGCAACAGAAUUGAUAAUAUCAAUUUAUGCUCUGAAAAGAGGCAUGAUUCGUGUUGUUCAACAAUCCUUACUAGGCUCAAUCCUAUCGAACAUGUUGCUCGUGCUUGGAUGCGCAUUCUUUGCUGGUGGACUUGUGCAUUCACAGAGGGAGCAAGUGUUCAACAAGGCAACUUCAGGAGUGAACUCUGGAUUGCUAUUGAUGGCAGUCAUGGGUUUGCUCUUUCCAGCAGUACUGCACUCUACUCGGACAGAGUUGCACUAUGGGAAGUCUGAGUUAUCUCUUUCAAGAUUCACUAGCUGCAUUAUGCUCGUUGCCUAUGCUUCAUAUCUGUUUUUUCAAUUGAGAAGCCAGCAGAAUUUAUAUAUUCCAGUUGAUCAGUCAGAGAAUCACACCGAAGAAAAUUCAGAUGAUGAAGAGGCUCCUGAGAUCUCUAAGUGGGAAUCCAUAAUAUGGCUAUCAAUUCUAACCGUGGUGAUUUCGGUCCUCUCAGAAUAUUUAGUUAAUGCUAUAGAGGGUGCAUCUGUUGCAAUGAGCAUCCCAGUAGCGUUUAUUAGUGUUAUUUUGCUCCCAAUUGUUGGGAACGCAGCAGAGCAUGCUGGUGCUGUUAUGUUCGCCGUGAAAGACAAGCUUGAUAUAACUUUAGGAGUGGCAAUUGGCUCAUCAACCCAGAUAUCUAUGUUUGGAAUUCCGUUUUGUGUGGUGGUUGGGUGGUUCAUGGGGUGCCCUAUGGACUUAGAUUUCCAACUGUUUGAGACAGCGACACUUUUCAUAACUGUUCUGGUGGUAGCCUUCAUGCUGCAGGAGGGAACAUCUAAUUACUUCAAAGGACUGAUGCUCAUUCUUUGCUACAUUAUCGUCGCUGCGAGCUUCUUUGUACAUAGAGAUCCUAAAGCGAUACAGGAUAAGCCCCAGAACCCGAAGCAGUAACUGAACCAUCGAAGUGAAUGAUCAAGGACGAAUGCUCAUAGUUCAUGUCAUGUACUGAAGAAGCAGAGGUUUUGCCGGCUGGCCUCCCAAAAUCAUGAUGAUUACGAGUAACUUUUUUGGUCACGCUGGAUAGUUUUGCAUGUCGAAAUAGUACACCUGAUGCCGGAAAAUGUGUUGCUAGUUUCCUCACUUUGCCUAGGCAGCCAGUGGAUGUAUGUAUUUCUGUCCCAAUGCAGCAUUGGAGCAGAGAAGAGAGAACUGGAUAUUAUAGGAUUAAAUUUUUAAUUUGUUGCUCAUUGCUAAAAAAAAAUAGGACUGGUAUGUAAAAGAUUCAGCAAAUUAACUGUUGAGAAUUAAGUUGCAUACUAGCUUAAAUCUAACCUGCAUAUGAUAAUCCUGCAGCUAGACUUGAAGAGGAAGAUGAAAUCAAAGAAAUGACGAAGAACUUACUAUUUUUAGUAGUAGCCGUUAGUCUUUAAAUUGUAACGGCUAGUUUACUUUCUGUUUUUAGUAAGUUUCACAGCUGGUAUUCCUAUCCUUUGGAAUCGUAUUAUGUCACUGGAUCCAUUCCCAAGUGGAAGGAUCGUAGCCAUCGAU